CGUGUCCAGGGCGCUGUGCGCCCCGCCCCUUCCGCCACGUGACUCCCGUCACCCCCCGCGCCGGGCGUUCCAAGAUGGCGGCGCCCAGGGCGCUGUCGGCGGCGCGGCGGGCGGCGAGACGGGGGGGCUGGCGGGCGGCGGGGGGCGGGACCGGGCCCGGCCCCGGGCCCGCGGCGUGUCCGGGGCGGAGCCGCCUGUACGAGCACGUGCGGGAGGGGCGGAGCGCGCGGCCGCGGCUGGACGUGGCGGCGCUGAGCGAGGCCGAGCUGGAGCGGCGGCGGGGGCCGCUGCGGGGCGGUGACCUGCGGCAGAUCGUGCAGACCUGGACCCGGCUGGGGGAGGUGCGGGCCACCAUCGCCCGCCUGGAGGCCGAGAAGGGGCAAGUGGCCCAGGGCGUGCGGACCCUGCUGGCAGCCCACAACAAGGAGACGGCGGAGGCGCUCCCCGCCUACGCGGCGCUGCGGGCCCGCGGCCGCCAGAUCCGGGAGGAGCUGCAGGCGCUGCUGGCCGAGGAGGCCGAGCUGGACGAGCGCUUCUACCUCAAGGCCCUGCAGCUGCCCAACCGCACCCACCCCGAGGCGCCCGUCGGGGACGAGAGCCAGGCCCGUGUGCUGGAGGUGGUGGGAGAGAAGCCAGCCUUUGACUUCAAGCCGAAGGGACACCUGGAGCUGGGCGAGGGGCUGGACAUCAUCCGCCAGCGGCGGCUGUCGCACGUCUCGGGGCACCGCUCCUACUACCUGUGCGGGGCCGGCGCGCUGCUGCAGCACGCGCUCGUGCGCUUCACCAUGGCCAAGCUGCUGCCCAAGGGCUUCCUGCCCAUGACGGUCCCCGACCUGCUGCGAGGCGCCGUCUUCGAGGGCUGCGGGAUGCAGCCCAACGCCACCCCCUCGCCCGUCUACAACAUCGACCCCUCGCGCUUCGAGGACCUGUGCCUGGCCGGCACCGCGGAGGUGGGCAUCGCAGGGUACUUCAUGGACCAUGCCGUGCGGCUGCAGGAUCUGCCCAUCAGGGUCGUCAGCUGCAGCACCUGCUACCGGCCCGAGACCGACACGGGGCGGGAGCCCUGGGGGCUCUACCGCGUCCACCAGUUCACCAAGGUGGAGAUGUUCGGGGUGACGGCGGCGGAGCGGGGCACGGAGAGCGAGGAGCUGCUGGGGGAGUUCCGCCUGCAGAAGGAAAUAUUCUCAGCGCUGGGGCUGCAUUACCGCGUCCUGGACAUGCCCACGCAGGCUGGGCUCCCCGCGUACCGCAAGUUCGACGUGGAAGCCUGGAUGCCCGGCCGGGGCAAAUACGGGGAGAUCUCCAGCGCCUCCAACUGCACCGACUACCAGAGCCGGCGCCUGAACAUCAUGUACAGCGACGGGGGCGGGCGCCUGCGCCACGCACACACGGUGAACGGCACCGCCUGCGCCGUCUCCCGCAUGCUCAUCGCUCUGCUGGAGUGCAACCAGCUGCCGGAUGGCCGUGUCCGCGUCCCCCCCGUCCUGCAGCCCCUCGUGGGCCAGGAGGUGCUGGCCCGGCCGCCGGCCCCGCUGCUGCGCUACAUCGGCCCCAACCAGCCCGGGGGGGGGCAGGAGGUGGCCUGAGCCGGUGGCCCCCCCGCCCCGUGACGCGCCACGAGCCCGCGGGGACACCCCAAGGUGGCCCCCCCCGUGUCCCCACGGGGCCUCGGGAGCACCGGGAGAUGGGGACACCUCGGCGGCGGAGGAAGGAAGAUGGAUGUCCCCG